CUGGACCCGCAGGCUGUGCAGACGAAGAACUGGCACAUGGACGUGAUUGAGAUGAACGGGAUCAAGGUGGAGUUCUCCAUGAAGUUCACGAGCAGAGACAUGAGCCUGAAGAGGACACCAUCCAAAAAGCAGACUGGCGUCUUCGGGGUCAAAAUCAGCGUCGUGACAAAGCGGGAGCGCUCCAAGGUGCCUUACAUCGUGCGCCAGUGCAUCGAGGAGGUGGAGAAGAGAGGCAUCGAAGAGGUUGGCAUCUACAGGAUUUCUGGCGUCGCCACUGACAUCCAGGCAUUGAAAGCUGUCUUCGAUGCAAAUAACAAGGAUAUCCUGGUCAUGCUGAGUGACAUGGACAUCAAUGCUAUCGCUGGCACGCUGAAGCUGUACUUCCGUGAGCUGCCCGAGCCCCUCCUCACUGACAGACUCUACCCCGCCUUCAUGGAGGGGAUCGCCCUCUCAGAUCCUGCUGCCAAGGAGAACUGCAUGAUGCACCUUCUCCGCUCAUUGCCUGACCCCAACCUCAUCACCUUCCUUUUCCUGCUGGAGCACUUGAAAAG